AAUCUUAUAACUGUUCUAGUGGUUCAUCAUACUAUUCUUUCUUGCCACAGAGACUGAAAAAAAGAGAUAUACAGUCUGAAAAUAAUUUGGCAACAAAUUUAUAGCUGUAACAGUUUGUUAUUGAAGCAGUACAUACAGGAUGAAUAAACUACAAGGCAAAAAGAAGGAUAAGAAGGAUGAAGAAGAAGAAGAAAGAGAAAUUCCAAUAGAGACAAUGCAUACUAUUGUCAAACAACAUAAGGAUCAACUUGCACUUCAAGUCAUGAAAGUCUCAGAGUCAAUCAAACUGCACAUUACAGCUAUUGAAGAAAAGAUGCCUACAGAUCACAUGCUUAAGCCGCAAAAACCAAAUCCGUGGGUAGAAGACCAAUCAAAAGGUGGUGGGGGAUGUCUCUUAGUGUAAAAAAAAAUCUGUCUAC